UCGGUCUCGGCUCGGCCCCUCCCCCGCCCCGCCCCGGCGGCUGCGAAGCGUCUGGAACCGCAUCCUUCCUCCGCAUCCUCGUCCUGCGACCGCAUCCUGCCGCAGCCGCAGCUGCCGGGGAGCCGCCUGACGAGGACCACCCUCCACCAUGGUGAAGCUGGGCUGCACCUUCUCCGGGAAGCCGGGCAAAGACCCCGGGGACCAGGAUGGGGUUACCACGGACAGCGUCCCUCUAAUCAGCCCCCUGGACGUCAGCCAGCUCCAGCCACCAUUCCCUGACCAGGUGGUCAUCAAGACGCAGACGGAAUACCAGCUGUCCUCCCCGGACCAGCCGAAGAAGUUCCCCGACCUGGAGGCCCAGAAGCUGACCUGCAGCCACCCGGAGGAAGGGCGCAGGCUGCCCACAGCGCGCAUGAUCGCCUUCGCCAUGGCGCUCCUGGGCUGUGUCCUGAUCAUGUACAAGGCUAUCUGGUACGACCAGUUCACCUGCCCGGACGGCUUCCUGCUUCGGCACAAGAUCUGCACCCCGCUGACCCUGGAGAUGUACUACACCGAGAUGGACCCCGAGCGCCACCGCAGCAUCCUGGCGGCCAUCGGGGCCUACCCGCUGAGCCGCAAGCAUGGCACAGAGCCGCCCUCGGCGUGGGGGGGCAGCUACCGUGCCGUCAAGGAGGCCCCCAAGGCGCCCACCCUGGCGGGCGCGGCGGCGGCCACCCAGCCCCCCGGGAAGCCCUCAGCGGCGGGAGAGGAGGCGGUGCAGAAGGCAGCGGGGAACGCACCAUCCCCGGCCCCCCAGUGACGGGCUCCGCGCCCAAAGCCCGG